CGCCCUUCCACAUCGGCUCGAUCAAGCGCUCCGGCUCCACUAAAUCCUUCGCCUCAGACGGCGAGAUCGCGCGCGACGAACGCACGAUGCGUAAACGGAACAAGAAGCAACGCGACGCGGCCUCCGACGCGUCCCGCAGCACCGACAGCUCGCCGAGCAUCGACAAGAAGAAAAAGGACACCGGCGGCAGUUUUAUACGCAGAAUGGGGAGUAUCGGCAAGCGGCGGACGGAAGUCGGGGAGGGAUCGAGCCCCCCGCCGCAGCCUGAAACCGCAGAGUCGACGAUCGAGGGCCCGCCGACGCCGCCUCCCGAGACAGAUGCACCGCCGGAGACUCAGGACGCCGCGGUGGCCCCGGUCGCGCCAGUCAGCCCGAUCGCAGUCGAGCACCCGGUCGCGACGCGCCCCUUCACGAAGGCCGCGUGGAAGAAGCGCAGCAGCGAGCCGGAAAUGGAAAAGCCGGUGGAGGAGCCGAGCCCCGAGAGCGCGCUGAAGCGGCGGAUCGCGUUCGUCGCUCAGGCGUCGGCGUGCUUCUCGGAGGACCACGACGAUGGUGAAGAGGGGGUAGGAAGAGGGGAGGUGGGGUCGCUGGAGGAGGCGGUGGCGCUGGCCCGCGUGCGGCUCGCAGUGCAGUCGCCGCCCUCGCCGGCGCACUCGCGCGACGACGACACCGAAGAGGAGGGGUACACGGACGCGAUGCCCGCUUACGGAGACCUGAUCGAGCCGGAGAGCAAGGCUGGGCCGGAGCCGGCGCCGUCCAACGCCUCGCCCAGUGCGGAGAGGAGGGAGCACCUAUACAAGAUCCUGGUCAUCGGGGAGCUAGGGACCGGGAAGACGUCUAUCAUCAAGCGAUAUGUACACCAGUUCUUCAGCCAGCACUACCGUGCUACCAUCGGAGUGGACUUCGCACUUAAAGUGCUGAACUGGGACGCGAAUACGAUUAUACGAUUGCAGCUAUGGGAUAUUGCUGGCCAGGAGCGUUUCGGCAAUAUGACCAGGGUGUACUACAAGGAAGCUGUGGGCGCGUUCAUAGUGUUCGACGUGUCCAGGGUAGCCACCUUCGACGCGGUGGUCAAAUGGAAGAACGACCUCGACACCAAGGUCCAGCUGCCUGACGGGUCGCCUAUACCGUGCAUACUGCUCGCAAAUAAGUGUGACCAGCAGAAGGAAGGCCUGGUGAACUCGCCAGCCAAGAUGGAUGAGUACUGCCGGGAGAAAGGUUUCGCCGGCUGGUUCGAGACCUCGGCCAAGGAGAACAUUAAUAUCGAAGAGGCUGCCCGCUCAUUAGUUAAUAAGAUCCUCCUAAACGACAAGCUCCUGCAGAGUAGCGACAGCAAAGACGCGGACCGUUUCGGGCUCGAGCACAAGAUCGCGAACGGGGAAAAUUCGCGCGCGAGCGCGAAUAAGUCGUGCGCGUGCUGACCUUCCCGAAUGUUCGCACGCUUUGCAUUCCAUAUUUGAAUUUGAAAGUGUAAAGGUAAAAAGGAAUAUUCUUUUUGGUCACGGUUUAAAAAAGAGUUUGACGAUUGAUAUUUUUAGUUUUUUUUUACUUGUUUUUUUCUCAUAGGUACUUUUUAUUCUGCAAUUUAAUUGUCUACAUUCUAUUAUUAGGUACUCACUAGGAAUGCCUAGCAUGGGAAAGAGAGUUGAAAGGAGGUUUUAAAUAUAUUUUUGUCGAGCUAAAGUUUUUUUUUAGAUUUUUUCAUCUUGAUAGAUGAAUGACUGUCUAAACUGAAUAUUUUUGGGUUUAAAGUAAAGUCCUUAAUUUUUUUUAGUUUCUCCUGCUUUUUAAACUUAGCUUGUUGACAAUACAACUCUUUUUACCGUGACUAAAAAAAUCAAGAACAAAAGAUGCAUUUGACAUGAAUAUGGUUGACGAUUAAGAGUACACAAAUCGUAGACUUAUGGACCAAUUGAGUCGAAAAUAAUGUUUAAAACUCUCUAUUUUAUGUUAAAAUAUUUAUAUACUUGUGCACCACGUAGUUUUAAAAUUUAAGCUGGCAAAGUAAUCAAGUUUCUGAAAUUAGACUACUCUAUGCUAAGAUUACGUAAUAUUUCUAACUUAAUUAUUCUUUUAAAUUUUUUUCCUCGCGUUAUUUUUUUCACACAGAUUAAACUAGUCCAAAAAUCAGGUUGAUCUAUUUCUUUACUAAAUUGGUUGCUAUUUUGUACCUUUUUCAUCUACUUAUGCACAUACCAUGGUGUUUAUAUUGUUAAUUAACUAUUGACCAUAGAGUAGUGGUAUCGGUAGCUUUAGUGACGUGCGAGAGAUAUCUAGUGCCUCAAGUAAUCGAAUUUAUUAACUCUUCAUGGCUAACUUAUGGGGAAAAUUUUGUACAGUUACCCUAAAGACAUGUGAGAAAAUUAAAUAAAAUAAUUUGAUGGUUUAGUUAGUACUUUUUGAGUGAACGGUAUGAUAGAUUUUAAAUACAUUGUAUGUUUUAAAAAGUUUAGUAGCUAACACAUAAAGAGCAAUUUUUAUACAUAUUUUCAUACAAACAAGCUGUGGUACAGAGUGUACUAUGUAGGUACUAGUGUAACCUAUAAAUGUACGUCUCAAAAAUCCAUGCACCCUGUAUUUAUUUUCAAAUUCUAGCAUGUCGGACGUUGCUUAGCCCUUAAUUUCGUAUAGAUGACAAAUAUAGUGGUGACUGUACCAAAUACUAUAGGAACUAUUAUAAUAUUAAACUUUUGUACUAAAACAUUCUAAAAUCUGAACAAAAUAUUAAAUACUAUUACUAUUAUGAACAAACUUAUUUAAUUAUGUUGAACCAAUUGUAAAGGAAAUGUUGCUAAUAUUUAAUAUUGUGUUAUGGAAUAUUCAAUUGUUUAUUUAUAUUUUAUAACUACCUACUUAAUGGCUAGUAUUCAGAAACUACGAGCUAAAUCCUAAAUCAGAGACAAAUAACAACAUUUUUUCAGUUUUAAUCGUGUUUUGAGUAUUUCUGAAUACGUGCCAAAGUUAUGAUAAUAAAAUACUACUUUAUGAAGCAAAUUUUUAUGUCUAAAAUCGAUGUGUAUAAAAUUACUCAUAGAAUGUACUUUUGUUCAUAAAGACACUUCUUUUACGUCUAUUCACGUACAUUAGUUUUGUAUUUUUCUAAUUAUUUAAACAUGUUUGUGUAUUGGAGCGGAGUGCCAUGAUGAACCAGUCAUGAUCGUACCUUCUAGAGUACUAUACGUUAAUUUAGUAUUAUCUACUUAUGACGGGCUAUUGUUGAUAUACAAUAAAAUAUUUAGUGACAUAAUAA